UUUCUGUUUGGCAACAAGGCUGUCUUCGUUUGGGGGAUGGGGUGCGGACUCCUUAAGAAGGGCGCCUAUGUCCAUUCAGACUUCCAUAGUAGAAUACCAUACAUGGGUGACUUAGAAACUGCUGGAAUUCAUUUCUUGUGGUUGUACAGCCUGGAGGCCUAAGAUGGAGGCACCAGCAGAUUUGGGGUCUGUUGAGGCCCUGCUUCUGGGUUCAUGGAUGGCCAUCUUCUCGCUGUGUCCUCACAUGGCAGAAGGCACAAGGGAGCUCUCUGGGGUCUCUAUAAGGACAUUAAUCCUAUCAUCUGCCAAAGGCCCGCCUCCUAAUACCAUCACCUUGGUUAGCAUUUUAGCAUGCAAAAUUGAGAGGACACAAUAUUCAGUGUACAGAAGAGUGGUCUGGUUUUGUUUCUGUUAUGUUUUGACAUUUUCUAUGGUGAAUAUUUUGUUAGAGGGAAUCCUAGAGAUUAACAUCAUCCAGAUAGCAGAUGUCCUAAGCCCUGAGCUACAGCCUGACAACUCCCUGAUGGACUUCACUGUGACCUGCGAGGGGACCAUCCCCACAGAGGUCUGUACCAUCAUCUCGGACCCCACCUGCCAGCUUGCCCAGGACAUGGUCUGCAACAGUGUGGAUAUGGACGACACAUGCCUGGUGACCGUGAGAAGAGCCUUCAAAGGCUCUGGGAUGUACUGUGUAAACUUCACUCUGGGUGACAAUGCAAGUCUGGCCCUCACCAGCACCCUGGUCUCCAUCGCUGGCAAAGGUGAGUUUUGUUUUAUGGUCCUAAGAGCACUUCAUAUUGCAGGUAGAGUCUGCCCACUAAUUGAAGCCAUAGAUGGGUUUGCAUCAAUGCUGAAUUUUAUUUCAGUGCAGAACUCAUACUGGCAUGAAAAUCCAGCAGCAAAACUACUUAGGGAAGUG